GAUUCUCGUGUAGAUCGAGUCCGAGGAUGAGUCCGCCCACAGCCUGUGCCUUCUGUCAAUCGCAUGCGACACAAUUGUGCGCCGGCUGCCGCAGCGUCGUCUACUGCAGCCGGGAGCACCAGAAGGAGCACUGGAAGCGUGGCCAUAAACGGGAGUGCAAGUGCUUCGAGCUGAGCUCCAAUGAGACGCUGGGCAGGCAUUUGCGCGCCACGCGGGACAUCAAAAUGGGCGAGCAGAUCAUGCGGGAGCCGCCGCUCGUGGUGGGCCCCAAGGUGGCCUCGGUGCCGCUCUGCCUGGGCUGUCACAAGAACCUGCUGCCGCCGACGAAGCCGGCCCAGAACUAUCACAAAUGCAGCGCCUGCACCUGGCCGCUGUGCAGCGCCGAGUGCGAGCAAUCUCCCUACCAUCUGGCCGAGUGCCGGCUGAUGGCUGGGAGUAACUUUGAGUGCAAGAUCAACUACAAGGCGGCGGAGCAGGAGCACAAGGAGUCCGCCUAUUGUGUGAUCAUGCUGUUGCGCUGCGUGCAACUUAAGCUGGAGAGCCCGGCGGCAUUUUCCCGGCUCUACGAGCUGGAGGAUCAUCUGAAGGAACGCCUGGAGACGCCGCUCUACCAAGUGCUGCGCGCCAAUCUGAUCACAUUCAUUAAGACCGUGCUGGGCCUGAACAACUGCUCCGAGCUGGAAAUCCUGCGCAUUGCCGCCAUCCUGGACACCAACGCCUUCGAGCUGAGGCAGCUCGACGGCUGCGUAAAAGUGCGUGGCCUGUAUCCGGGCGCGGCCAUGUUCGCCCACGAUUGCGUGCCCAAUAUGCGGCAUCGCUUCGAUGACGACAUGAACAUCGUGUUCCUGGCCAAGCGGCCAAUUGCCAAGGGUGAAGUCCUCAGCAUAUCCUACACCCAGCCAUUGCGAAGCACCAUCCAGCGACGGGUGCAUCUGAAGCAGGUCAAGUGCUUCGAUUGCGCCUGUGCCAGGUGCGAGGAUCCCACCGAGCUGGGCACCUUUGCGGGCGCCCACGUGUGCGGCAAGUGCAAAGUGGGCAAGAUCAUCUCAAUGGAUCCUUUACAACUGGCUGCCAACUGGAAAUGCGAGGUGUGCAAUUUGAAGAGGAGCGCCAAGGAAUUCCUGACCCAGGAUGCGAAAAUAGAGCAGGAGCUGGAGUCGCUGGACAAGACAACGCCGCUGAGCCUGGAGGAUUUCCUCUAUCGCCAUCGCGUUGAGCUGCACGAGACGAAUACGCACAUUCUCCAGGCCAAGUACGCCUUGACCCAGCUUUAUGGCCAUGCGCCGGGAUUCGCCAUGGAUGAGCUGAGUGAGAAGUCUCUAAAGCGCAAAGUGGAACUCUGCGAGGAGCUGUUGGAGAUUUCGAAUCUCUUCGAUGGCGGCUGGAGCAUAUUUCGCGGCAAUUUGCUGAUCGAGUUGCAGGAGACGGUUCUGGCACAGGCCCUGAGCUUGGAGAACGCCAGCGAGUGCAAAGCUAAGCUUAAACAAGCUGCCGAGCUCCUGCAGGAGAUAUCAAACAUUAUGAACAAUGAACCGGAGAUGCAGCAAUUGCUGGAGGAGCGAAGACAAAUGUUGGAUGCGGCAUUGGCACGCUUUGCAGUUGGUGCUGAAUAACUAGAUAAUUAACACAACAUGUUUUAUUAAAACCCUUUAA